GAUGCGUUCCAGGCCUUCCAUAUCAAUCCCACCUUGGUGAAAAAGUUUCUCAAGCCAUUACUUAUUGGAGAGCUUGCUCCAGGGGAACCGAGCCACGACCGAGAUAAAAACUCCCAGCUGGUGGAGGAUUUUCGGACCCUGAGGAAGACGGCAGAGGAGAUGAACUUGUUCCGAGCAAACCCUUUGUUCUUCUCUCUUUACUUGGGCCACAUAAUUGCAAUGGAAGUUGUGGCUUGGCUAAUGCUUUCAUACUUCGGGACUGGCUGGAUCACAACUCUCAUCCUCGCCUUCAUCCUGACAACUUCCCAGGCUCAGGCAGGGUGGCUGCAACAUGAUUUUGGACACCUCUCUGUCUUUAAGAAGUCUUCCUGGAACCACAUCGUCCACAAGUUUGUCAUUGGACACCUGAAGGGUGCCUCUGCAAACUGGUGGAACCAUCGUCACUUCCAACACCACGCCAAGCCCAACAUAUUCCAGAAGGACCCAGAUGUGAACAUGCUGCAUAUUUUUGUCCUUGGAGAUACCCAGCCUGUUGAGUAUGGCAAGAAGAAGCUGAAGUACCUGCCUUACAACCACCAGCACGAGUACUUCUUCCUCAUCUUCCCACCUCUGCUCAUCCCCGUCUAUUUCCAAAUCCAAAUCAUCUCGACCAUGAUCAAGCGCAGGUUCUGGGCGGACCUAGCCUGGGCCAUCAGCUACUACAUCCGCUACUUCAUCACAUACAUCCCAUUCUACGGCGUUCUGGGAUCCCUGUUUCUCCUCACUUUUGUCAGGUUUCUGGAGAGUCACUGGUUUGUGUGGGUCACCCAGAUGAAUCACAUUCCAAUGGAAAUUGAUCGUGAGAAGCACAGAGACUGGCUUAGCUCUCAGCUGGCAGCCACCUGCAACAUCGAGCAGUCCUUUUUCAACGACUGGUUCACAGGGCACCUGAAUUUUCAAAUCGAGCACCACCUGUUUCCAACAAUGCCACGGCACAAUUUCUGGAAGGUGAAACCUCUGGUGAAGUCAUUAUGUGCCAAGUAUGGAGUCCAUUAUGAGGAGAAGCCUCUUGGAAAAGCAUUCAUAGACAUCAUUGGGUCCCUAAAGAAAUCUGGUGAUCUGUGGCUGGAUGCUUACCUCCAUAAGUGAACACAAAAGCUUAAUGGGGAGGUGUGAGUGACUGGGAGGGAUUGGGGGGGUUGCGAGGGGAGGGGGGAAAUCACACACGUGUCUUUUUACUCUCGGAUUUCAGUCUAUGUCCCCAAUCGGAGGGGAGUUUCCCGACUUGUCAACUGGUGUGGGCUCAGGCGACCUGUUUAAUCCAGACAGAUUUCAAAUGUGCUU